UGCACUGCCGGGGGCGGGGGGGGGGGUCCCUCGUCCUGACACAGGCACCUGCAGGGUGUUCACAGCCGGACACACUCGGCAGGGCCGGCCGCAGCCUCACACCGCGCACACCUGCCCGAACCCAGCGGGCUUUGGCUGGACAGCCGGGGACGCUGGGGCCCAGAGCCCCCUCCUCUCGAGACAUCACUCCCUGGACCCUGACACCCCGCCGGCCCAUCCGUCUCCCCGCGGCCAUGGCUGCCACCCGGCCUCCUGGUAUUGAGCAGCGAAAUGAGAAGGUGUGAAGGAUACGGGGCACCAGGGACGGGCUGGCAGGCAAGAUGGAUGAGGGGCAGGAAGGGCAGACCAACAGGGAGGGGUGCAGGGGGGCGGGGUGUGUCUGUGUGGCGAGUCUCUGUGCACAGGAGCUGUGUGCGUGCGCUUGCAUGGUGACAGGUCUACAGGCUUCCGUGUGCAUGUGGGUGCGUGUGGACUGCAGUGUCAGUGUGCUCGUGUGCACGUGUGUGUGUUCCCCAUCACACACGUUAGAGGCGUGUGCACGCGUGUGCACGCACACACAUGUCAAGAGCCAACAGAACUCCAGGCUGGCCCGCCCCUGGGUUGUCUCGGCUGAGGGGGAGCCACCAAGGCUGGUAUGGAUCCCCUCAGCCCCUCCAGCACCUCUCCAUUCCCACCCACCGCACUGAGUCCUGGGACAGGGCAGCACGGCUGCCUCUCACCGGGUGGCCUCUGGGAGCUGCUGGGACCCUCCGUCACACUCAGAGCUGGUGGCAGCCUUUCCCACACAGCUGGGCGUGGGUCUGUGCCCUUCGAGGCCCUGGGCACCCCCCAUGGGAUCCCAGCCAGCUCUGCAGGCUGCAGUCUGGGGCGCGGGGCACUGAGCUGCAGGCAUCUGGAACUGCAGGGAGGAGGUCUGCCCCUGGCACGAGGGGCCAGGAGGGCCCCAAGCGUCACACUCGCAGAGAAGCAACCCCUCCCACCCUCAGGCCUCCACGCCCCCUUUUAGGGAUCAGAGCCUCUGCCAACCUAGUGUCCCCAGCACAGGACUCUGGAAGAGGCGUGGGGUGGCCCAGCUGGCCUCGGGGAUGCCAGUGGAGCCCGCCUGGCCCAGCCUGGGUGCUCUGGCUUGGGGACCUCCCUCCCAGACUGGGCUGACCUGCGGUGGCCCAGCCGGAUGACCCACUGAGGGCCAGUUGGCAAGGGUCAGAUGGCCAAGGGCACUCUCAGCCAAGGGUGGCAGCAGCUGAGGGGGAGCCCCACCCCCUUUGCCUUCCUGACCAGCGAUCAGCACAUCCCCUGUGUGCCUGGCCCCAGGACAGGGGGUGGCAGCCUGGGGAAGGUGCUCGUGGCGCUGGAGGGAAUUGACAGGCCCCCAGCAGAGCCGACACCCACCUCCCACCCAGGCCAGCCUCGGAGCUUCUGCCCGCAGCCUGACCGGGGCUAUGCAGGGCACUGCCCGCAGCUCCAGGCGGGGCUGGGCUAGACCAUCCCAGGCAGAAGAGAUUAUGCGCUUAGGCCAGUUGGGGAAACUGAGGCACGGAGACUGUAGACACCUGCUAGUGUCGUCAUACUGCUCAUCGGGCCCAGCUGUCAGGAGGACUUAUGCUUCCUGCCGCCCAGCGUGGGGGCUCUGGGCUGACGCCACUCGCUGCUGCCCCCUGGUGUCUCCUGACGUCCUGGACAGCUCCACACUAGCUACGGGCUGGCCACCCGGGUCAGGGGUCUGAGUGAUGACGGGAGGGCACUGCCUUCGCAUUCAGCCCGGGAUCUGCUGCCACCACUGCUGCCUCCCAACCUCCCAAAGGCACCGUGCCCCUCUAGUCAGCCAGCUGGGCCCCUGCGAACACUCAGCCAAGAUGGGCCCCACCCCCAAGCCUGGGCCCAUUGAUCAGGAAUGGCUGGGGGCCCUUGGCUGGGGAGGGAGGAUGGGGAGGGAGGAGAGGUGGCUUUGCAACGUCAGAACCUUCCCACCUGCGCUCCUCCCGAGCAGCGCCGCCCCAGAGCUGGACGAGCCCAGCUGGUGGCCUCGGACAGCACAGUCUGACAGUGGCUUGGAGAAGGGGCCCUGUACGCACCAGAGCUGACGUCUCACCUGCGGAGACCAAGUGUCCCGCUCAAGUGGCAAAACCACGACGUGGGGCCGUGGAUGGAGGCUGAUCAAGGAGGCAAGAACAAUCCUGCCAAGAGCCUGGGGACCGCAUGAGGCCUCGGGGCUGGCCUGCUGCUCCCAGUGGACCCGGACACCAGGAGAGGCAGCCAACCACCCAGCGGUGGACCCUGGGGUGGCAGCCCCGCCCGCCCUCAGCCCAGCCCCAGCUGAGCAGUGUUUCUCCGGGAGCCGGACAUCCUGUCUGUUCCCAUGGCAGCCUUCCUGUCUGCCGGCCUUGGCGUCCUUGCACCCUCAGACACCUGCACCCUACCAGCGACCAGCCCCAGCUGGGAGCCCUCACUGGGGACGCCAUUCCCAUCAGGCCCUUGCGCCGGCUCCGCUGGGGCCCACGCCGCGACCGAGCCCGCUGGGCAGGGCCCCAAGAACCCGCGUGUGUCCAACGUGACGGUUCAGCUGGAGAUGAGGCCUCUGUGGGAGGAGUUCAACCAGCUGGGCACAGAGAUGAUUGUCACCAAGGCGGGCAGGAGGAUGUUCCCCACCUUCCAGGUGAAGAUCCUGGGCAUGGACACGCUGGCCGACUACGCCCUGCUCAUGGACUUCAUCCCGCUGGACGACAAGAGAUACAGGUAUGCCUUCCACAGCUCGGCCUGGCUGGUGGCAGGCAAGGCGGACCCGGCCACGCCCGGCCGCGUGCACUUCCACCCCGACUCCCCGGCCAAGGGUGCCCAGUGGAUGCGCCAGAUCGUGUCCUUCGACAAGCUCAAACUGACCAACAACCUGCUGGAUGACAACGGCCACAUCAUUCUCAACUCCAUGCACCGCUACCAGCCCCGUUUCCACGUGGUCUUCGUGGACCCACGCAAGGACAGUGAGCGCUACGCCCAGGAGAACUUCAAGUCCUUCAUCUUCACGGAGACACAGUUCACAGCCGUGACCGCGUAUCAGAACCACCGGAUCACCCAGCUGAAAAUCGCCAGCAACCCUUUUGCCAAGGGCUUUCGAGAGAGUGACCUGGACUCCUGGCCUGUGGCCCCUCGGCCCCUGCUCAGCGUCCCAGCCCAGAGUCGCAGCAGCCUCAGUCCCUGUCUCCUGAAGGGCGUCCCAGAAAGGGAGAAAGACCCCAACAGGGCUUCAGCCUCUACCUCCAGGACCCCUGCCCAGCUCCACCAUCAGCUGCUGCCCCCACCAGAAGCCCUGCUGGCCUCCGCCACCUACAGGCCCCUCACCUACCAGGGCCUGUACUCUGGAGCCCCAAGACACCUGGGGACCCCAAGGGCCCGACUAGCACCAUACCCCCUCCCCAGCGUCCGUGCUAACAGGGAAGAAGGAGGCCUGCCCCUCCCAGCCGGGCUGGGGCUCCCGGCCCUCUCCACUGUGUGCCUGGGGCCUGGCCAGGACUCUCGGUGAUGGCAGAAGCCCUGUGGAAGCCGUCCUACCCUGGACCCCACACCUGGUGUGUGAAUCAGCCUCUGCCCCACCCCCUCUAGCCCCACCUCUGCAGAGAUACCCCCUCCUCUCCCAAGGAAAACAAGAUAGGUGGAAGCCCAGAGAGGGAGGCACCUACCCAGAGUCACAGCAAGGCUAGGACCAUGCCAGGCUUGGAACCAGGCCUCCUACACCCAAACCCCAGAAACCAUGAAUGCUGUGCCCUCUUGCCUUGGGGGUGACUCCCCCAAACCCUGCUUUACUUCCCUCCCCAUUAAAACAUUUGGCAUGAGUGGCCAGAGCCCUUCUGUCCUCAGGGGUCAGGGGGCAACCUCGGGAACUCCAGACCCGAGACAGCCCCCACAUCAGCCUUGUAGGCAUCUCAAAGCUCUGUCAGGUGCUGUCCACAUCACUGCGAGCACAUGUGACGGUAAAAGGUGGAGACAUUAGCCUUGUGGCAGGGUUGCAUUUAACCUGUGAAGGGGACUGGGGUCCUGCUCCCUGCUUUGUGUGUCCAGACGAGGACCAAAACUGCUACACAGAGAGGCACAGGACCUGCUCAAAGUCACACAGCAAAGCCGCCAUGUUUUGAGUGUUGUGUGCAAGGCAGGGUCAUCUGGUCCUGAAUGGCCAGGGUCCACAGAGGGGUGCAGAACGAUAGGCAGUGACCACAAGGGCCAACGUGGGGACGGGGAGGCGAGGGACUUGGGAAUCUGAUCAAGAUUCGAGGCAGGAGAGGAGAGCUCUGGACCGCGGCAAAGGAGGCCAAAGGCCUGGACCGGAGUCGGUCCCACGGAGCCCGCGGGAGGGCAAGACGGGGGCGACGCGCGCCACCCAGCGGAAGCAGGAGACAGGGCCCGGAGGGGGGCCGGGCCGGGCAUCCACCGGCGCCCCGGGACCCGACCUCGGCCUUCAGGAGGGGGUGCGCCGGUGGGACCCCGACUCUGCACGUCCUGAGGCAAUUCGUGUGAGCCCCUCAGGGUAGGGACCGACACGGGCGGGCGCCCGGCGGGGCCUCAACGGCCAGCCAGCCACCCCAGUGCCCGAACCCGGUGGUCAGAACGGAACCGCAGAGUCCAGUCACCAGGCGCUUCGCCGCCCGAGCCCGGGGUCACAAUCAGCAGCUUGCCUCCCACCAUCUUCCCCGCAGGCCACGCCCACCGGAAACCCAGCCCGCUGGGUACGCCCCUUCCGGCCACGCCCCCGGCCUGCACCCCCUCGGGCGUCUCAAGGAGCUAAAGUUUCCCAGGCGGCAAGUGCGAGGCGGCUGACCGGGAUGUGGUGCACACAGCCCUGCGGGAGACCCAGGAGGAGCUGGGCCUGGCCGUG